AUGGCAGCUUACAUUUCACCUUGCUUCACGCCUUCCGAUUCACGGCUGCUCACUGUUCUCAGAAAGAAUGUAUCACCGGAGAAUCAUCUAGGCAAAGUACACACCUUUAGAAUGGUCGAGAGCAAGAAAAACCGAGUUUUUGUUACCGCUCAGAAAUCAGAAUCCUCGCCAAUCAGAAACUCUCCACGCCAUUUCCAAAGCCAAGACCCUUUCUUGAACCUCCACCCAGAGAUAUCAAUGCUUAGAGGCAGUGAAGGCACAAGCACAAUAGCCAAUCCCAGAAAGGAAACCUCGGCGAUACCUGUGACCGAUGAUUUCGAAGAGCCAUCUGCUCCGAGCAGCUACAACGAGGCGAGGAUUAAAGUGAUUGGUGUUGGAGGUGGUGGAUCAAACGCUGUGAACCGUAUGAUAGAGAGUGAGAUGUUAGGAGUGGAGUUCUGGAUUGUGAACACUGAUAUUCAAGCUAUGAGAAUGUCUCCUGUGUUGUCAGAUAAUAGAUUACAGAUUGGUAAGGAGCUGACAAGAGGUUUAGGCGCUGGAGGGAAUCCAGAGAUUGGUAUGAAUGCUGCUAGAGAGAGCAAAGAAGCUAUUGAAGAGGCUCUUUAUGGCUCUGACAUGGUCUUUGUCACUGCUGGAAUGGGAGGUGGAACUGGCACUGGUGCAGCUCCUGUCAUUGCAGGAAUCGCCAAGGCGAUGGGGAUAUUGACGGUUGGUAUUGCCACAACGCCGUUCUCGUUUGAGGGUCGGAGGAGAGCAGUGCAGGCUCAAGAAGGGCUUGCUUCUCUGAGAGACAAUGUUGACACUCUCAUCGUCAUUCCAAAUGACAAGUUGCUUACAGCUGUCUCUCAGUCUACGCCGGUGACGGAAGCGUUUAAUCUAGCUGAUGAUAUACUUCGUCAGGGUGUUCGUGGGAUAUCUGAUAUCAUUACGAUUCCUGGAUUGGUGAAUGUGGAUUUUGCUGAUGUGAGAGCUAUAAUGGCGAAUGCUGGCUCUUCUUUGAUGGGAAUAGGAACUGCAACAGGAAAGAGCAGGGCAAGAGAUGCUGCACUAAAUGCGAUCCAGUCACCUUUGUUAGAUAUUGGCAUUGAGAGAGCCACUGGAAUUGUUUGGAACAUUACUGGUGGAAGUGACAUGACAUUGUUCGAGGUAAAUGCUGCUGCGGAAGUUAUAUACGAUCUUGUCGAUCCAACUGCCAAUCUUAUAUUCGGCGCUGUUGUGGAUCCAUCCCUCAGCGGUCAAGUAAGCAUAACCCUCAUAGCUACGGGUUUCAAACGACAAGAAGAAGGAGAAGGAAGACCGGCUCAGAUGGCACAAGCAGAUACCACCUCACUUGGAGCUACAAGAAGACCUUCUUCCUCCUCCUUUAGAGAAGGCGGUUCAGUGGAGAUCCCAGAGUUCUUGAAGAAGAAAGGCAGCUCUCGCUAUCCCCGUGUCUAA